AUGCUGCUUCGUCAACUAAGUCGAGUUACUCGAUUAAAACAAGCCCCACAAAGAUGUUAUUCAUCUUCGAUUAAUGAGAAUUAUUGUACAUUAAAAACCACAUGUGAUACAAACUCAGAUAUUUAUAAAACCAAUUAUGAAUCAAUGAAAACAGUUGUUAACAAAUUGAAAACAACUGUGGAAAAAGUUGUCCUUGGUGGUGAUGAUAAGGCACGUCAAAGACAUACGUCUAAAAAGAAGUUACUUGUCAGAGAUAGAAUACAAAAAUUAAUUGAUUAUGGUUCUCCAUUUUUGGAAUUUUCACAAUUAGCUGGUUAUCAGCUGUACGAAGAUGAGGCUUUACCAGCCGCCGGAAUUAUUACCGGAAUUGGGCAAGUGGCAGGUCGAGAAUGUGUUAUUGUAGCGAAUGAUGCAACAGUCAAAGCCGGUACCUAUUAUCCUAUUACAGUUAAAAAACAUGUACGAGCACAAGAAAUAGCAAAGGAGAAUCAUUUACCGUGUAUUUACUUAGUGGAUAGUGGUGGUGCUAAUCUUCCUCGUCAAGCUGAUGUAUUUCCUGAUAAAGAACAUUUUGGGCGAAUAUUUUAUAAUCAAGCAACAUUGAGUUCUCAAGGUAUCACGCAGAUUGCCGUCGUGCUAGGAAGUUGUACAGCGGGUGGAGCCUAUGUACCAGCGAUGGCUGAUCAAUCAAUAAUUGUUCGUCGACAAGGUACAAUAUUUUUAGCUGGUCCGCCGCUAGUCAAAGCAGCCACAGGUGAAGAGGUUUCCGUAGAAGAUUUGGGCGGAGCGGAUCUCCAUUGUCGACGUUCUGGUGUGACAGAUUAUUAUGCAUUAGAUGACACUCAUGCAUUACACUUAGCCAGAAGAGUUGUGUCCAAUUUGAAUUAUACCAAACAGCAACAGGUUACUAUGAAACCCAUUAUCGAACCGGUAUAUGCAGCUGAUGAAUUGUAUGGAAUUGUUGGUGACAAUUUAAAACGAACGUAUGACGUUAGAGAAGUAAUAGCACGAAUUGUUGAUGGGAGUGAAUUUGAUGAAUUUAAACAAUUAUAUGGAGAAACAUUGGUUACAGGUUUUGCUCGAAUCAUGGGUUACCCUGUUGGUAUUAUCGGUAAUAAUGGUGUCUUGUUUUCCGAAUCAGCCUUAAAAGGUACACAUUUUAUUGAAUUAUGUUGUAAAUUAAAAAUUCCGUUAAUAUUUCUUCAAAAUAUAACUGGUUUUAUGGUUGGUAGAGAAGCAGAAUCCGGUGGAAUAGCGAAAAAUGGAGCGAAAAUGGUGACAGCUGUUUCAUGUGCACAAGUGCCGAAAAUCACUGUUAUUAUUGGCGGAUCCUAUGGAGCCGGAAAUUACGGAAUGUGUGGAAGAUCUUACAGUCCUCGAUUUCUCUACAUGUGGCCAAAUGCUCGUAUAUCUGUAAUGGGUGGUGAACAAGCCGCGAAUGUUUUGAUUUCAAUAACUGCAGAUCAACGAAAGCGGGAAGGAAAACAAUUAACAGCGGAAGAAGAAAAUUCAAUUAAAUCUCCAAUAUUGUCAAAAUAUGAGUAUGAAGGAUCACCAUAUUAUUCAAGUGCUCGCCUGUGGGACGAUGGUAUCAUUGAUCCUCUCGAUACACGUCUUAUAUUAGGUUUAAGUUUAAGUGCAUCACUGAAUGCAAAAAUAAAUGACACCAAAUUUGGCAUAUUUCGAAUGUAA